AUGGACCAAGAAGCAUUCCGGCAACUCAUCUCAUCGUCGUCCGCCGUGCCCGCAUCUAGCACCAAGCGCACGUUUGGCAAAGCGCCCAAACGCAACCCUACCGCGUCCACCUCUACUCUUCAACCAUCGGAUCUAAAACCAUCCAGCCAAAUCAAAUCCAACUACAUCGAUCGAGCAUCUGCGCGUCGUUCCGGUCGCGUCGACUCUGAAUUCAGCGAGAUCGAAUCUCUGCAUCGCGAUUUCGAGCAAAGAAUUGCCGCAGCAGAGACUGAGAAAGAAAGGCAAACGUUGAGAGAUCAGAUCAGCAGUGUUGGCGGAGAUGCGAGGUAUUCCGUUCUUGUGAAAGGGCUCGAUUGGUCUUUGUUGGCGCAAAACAAGGCGCGCAUCGAGCGUGAGAAGGGUGGCACAGGUGUAGAAGAGCAUGAGAAUGAGCUCGAAUCGGCGUAUCGGGAGGGACGCGCAGAAACGAAAGAGGCGACUAAAAGGAGUAGAGAAGAGAUUGUCGAAGCGAUCAGGAGAAGGAGAGAGGCAAAAUCAUCGGGACUAACCACGAAGGAGGUCAAGCCGGCAAGUGGGUUUCGCCCGAUCGGUUUAGCAGGUGACAAGACGGAACGGGAGGGCGAAGCAGAGUACAAAUGGGUGGAUGGGAAACGUAUGCGUAAGAAGAGGAAACCGGGGUCAUCUGCGACAGAUUCUGCCUCAGGUACGGGUGGUCACAGCCAGGCUGUGGGUACGACGAGGAGCGGUCGCAAGGUGCAGGAUUCGAAAGAGACAGCGCCACCACACAGCUCAACGGACGACAAGAUUGGGCAAAGUCGAGCGCAGGAGCUCGUAACCUCUAAGAAUUUUACCUCCCUUACGAAACGAGAUGACCCAGUUUUGCUGGCACAGGCCGCACUUGACGUCCCCGCAAGCUCGGCUAACGACAACAAAUCAAGCACCCCCACAUCUGCCUAUGCAGAGGAGAACAAAACUUCGAUUGCUGCAGCCAACGAGGACGACGAAGAUGAGGACGAGGACAUCUUUUCCGAUGUUGGAGGAUGGGAUGGCAUUCCCGAGUCAAAGGAGGACGAUGAGGAAGAGGAGGACCAAGCUGUAGAUCCCGUUACCGGCGCACUUCUGAGUGCCAAUCGUGUAUCUACACCGCCACAGCCUGCAUCGCCAUCACCACCGUCGCAUCCAACCGAACCUGCUUUGCUCGAUGCCCCACAACCAAUCAUCGCCAGUCUAUCAACUUCCACUUCCCCUUUUCCAGCAGCGGACCAGCUUCCCCAUCCCACCUUUGGAGCCUCCAAGAAAUCCGUUUCUGUCUCCCCACCUCCCGCGUCGGCAUCAGAAAUGCCACCAACAACACAAACAUCCACGCCAGACGCACCCGCACCGAGAUCAAAGAAAUCCAAGUGGGACGACGACGACGACGCCCGCACCAAGAAAAAGAAGAAGAAGAAACAUUGA